AUGGCCGAGAUGGUACAGCAAAUGAAAGAGGAAAUGACAGCCAUGAAGCAGCAACGAGAGAAAGAUGCUCGUGAGAUGGCCGCCUUGAGGGAAGAGAACGCCGCCCUAAAAAACCAAAACCAGGAUCCCACGUGGAAACCCUCCGAGCCGACUCACACUCAGGGGUCGUUCCACUCGCUCGGACAUCAUACCUCUCUCCCUCACACUUCUGCUGUCGCCCCGGAAAACCACACCUCGGCUGCCCAAGUAAUCGGCCGACCCGUGUACGCUCCGCCGACCGAAACACACCGACACCCUUUCACCCCAAACAUCAUGCAAUCCUCCCUCCUCGACCAUUGGAAGUCUCUCCCGUUAGACAAGUAUGAUGGAACUACUGACCCCGACGAGCAUGUCGACGUCUUUUUGACCCAAGUCACCCUCAGCACUACCGACGACGCCGCCUUAUGCCGAAUUUUUUCAACAUCGUUGAAAGGUCGAGCAUUGAGUUGGUUCACAAGGCUCCCAGCCAACUCAGUCGUCUCCUUCAACACCUUGGCAUCCCAAUUCACUAUCCAAUUCGUUACAAGCCGACCACACCAGCUGACUUCCAUGGCCUUGGUAAGUAUUCGGCAAGAGAAGAAAGAGUCCCUUCGAACGUUCAUGAGUCGAUUCAACAAGGCGGCACUCGAAAUCCGAGACCUGAAUCCCGCUGUGGCUCUCCACCACCUCACCACCACCCUGAAACCGGGACCUUUUGCCAACAGCAUUUGCAAGAAACCACCAAUCGACAUGGAUGACUUGCGUCGGCGCGCCGAUAAGUACAUGCAGAUGGAGGAACUUGCGGAGUUUCGCAAUCAGGCCAAGGCCGAGGUAGCGACUAAAGUAGAGAAGUCGGUCGAAAGUUCCUUCCGUAGUCGUCCCAAGGAUCUCUUUCCCCGAGAAAAACCUGCUCGCAGGCUGAGAUACUCUCAUUACACUCCAUUAAACACUAGCCGAUCAGCAGUCUUGGAUCAGGCACUUGCGUCGGAGGUCCUAGCAGUGCCAAAGCGAGCCUCGACCCCUCCACGCGCCGACACCACCAAAUCCUGCAAGUAUCAUCGAAAUCGCGGCCACUCGACCGAGGAGUGCGCGGCUUUGAGAGAUAAAAUUGAAGACCUAAUCAAACAGGGGUAG